GUUUGUUGUGUGAUGACCAGAGAACAGAAUGAAGUGAAGAAUCACUGCCAGAGUCGAGGUUGGACGAGUUGCUCCUUCAUCUCCGUCUUAGCAACCGAAUUAUAUUACAGAAUCAUCCCCUCUCUCUCCCCAACGGCCAUGACAUUGUACUCCAUGAAGAGAAAGAAGCAACACGCUGAUAAACUAACCAUCCUCGGCCUCCUUAUAACCAAUUUCCUGCGCCGCCACUACCUCCACCGCAUUCUCGUUUCCGCCGUCUCCGCUUGCCUCCUGCUGCUCUUUGCCACCUUCUCCCUGCUCGCUCCCUCUCCCGUGCAUCAUCUUUCUCCGUUUAAUGACAAAGUCGGGCCUCCGUUGAACUCCCAUCGGGAGUUGGUGUUUCAUGUUCCAGCCAAUGGAGGUAGUUUAGGUCGUGAUAUAUGGAGUUCGACUCACUCGCGCCUUUACUAUGGCUGCAGCAAUGCUAGCGAUAGGUUUUUAAAUGCUAAUACCAAAACACAUCCAAAUCGAUACUUGUUGAUCGCCACCAGUGGAGGAUUGAAUCAACAAAGAACAGGGAUUACAGAUGCUGUUGUAGCAGCAUAUCUUUUGAAUGCUACUCUGGUUACUCCUAUGCUAGAUCAGCAAUCUUUCUGGAAAGACACAAGCAACUUCGCUGAAAUAUUUGAUGUGGACUGGUUUAUAUCAUUCCUUCGGGAUGAUGUUAGAAUUAUUAAGCAGCUGUCAAAUGAGGGAAGGAAAUCGGUGAUUCCAUAUUCAAUCCGUGUUCCAAGGAAAUGCACUCCUGAGUGCUAUGAGGAUCGUGUUUUACCUCAUCUUGUCAAGAGGCAUGUUGUUCAGCUCACUAAGUUUGACUACAGACUUUCUAAUAGGUUGGAUGCAGAUCUUCAAAAGCUGAGGUGCCGAGUUAACUACCAUGCUCUUAAAUUUACUAAGUCUAUCCUAGGAAUAGGAAGAUUAUUAGUUGAACGGAUGAGAAUGAAAAGCAAGCAUUUCGUUGCUCUACAUUUGAGGUAUGAACCCGACAUGCUUGCAUUCUCUGGAUGCUAUUAUGGCGGGGGAGAAAGGGAAAGAAGAGAACUUGGUGCAAUUCGGAAGAGAUGGAAAAGUUUACAAGCAAGUAACCCUGACAAAGUACGAAGGCAUGGAAGAUGCCCACUUAACCCUGAGGAAGUAGGUCUUAUGCUAAGGGCGUUAGGCUUUGGAAGUGAUGUGCAAGUGUACGUGGCAUCUGGAGAUGUAUAUGGAGGUGAGGAAACAUUAGCACCCCUCAAGGCUCUUUUCCCGAACUUACAUUCAAAGGAGACCAUACUUAACAAGGAAGAGUUGGCACCAUUUGCGCCAUUUUCUUCUCGCAUGGCAGCCAUUGAUUUCAUAGUAUGUGAAGAAAGCGACGUUUUUGUCACCAAUAACAAUGGUAACAUGGCUAAAAUGCUGGCUGGAAGGAGGAGAUACUUCGGCCACAAACCUACCAUUCGACCAAAUGCUAAGAAGUUGUACAGGUUGUUUAUGAACAAAAGUAUUAUGACUUGGGAAGAAUUUGCAUCCCGGGUUCGAACGCAUCAGGUGGGCUUGAUGGGAGAGCCUAAUGAGUUAAAGCCUGGCAUGGGUGAGUUUCAUGAAAAUCCAUCAUCUUGCAUAUGCCAAGACGUUGAGGCAAAAGCUGGGGAAGUUCCCUAUCCUCGAAAUCAAACUCGUGACAGUCUUGAAGGUAGUAAGAUGGAUAAUAAAAAUGCGGAUAUUGGUGAUAUGACAGAAAAGCAGUUUAGUGAGGAGGAGAAGGAGUGGUCUUUUCUCAACGCGGAGUAUUUGGACAGUUGAAGUCAGAUUCAUCUUCAAGGAUAUAUAACAAAUUUAGUACCUGGUUUUCCAACAAAACCUGAACUUUAGAAGAAUUCUUUCCAGAUUUGCGGAAAGAGAUAGUCUCAUUCAUGCUUCCAAAUACACUUCUAACCCACUUAUUCAGCAUACAUUUUUUGUCCGUGGCGUUUGUCUCCAUGGACGGGAAUUUUUCCUUACUGUGGAUAGUUGUGUAUAGAAGAUUUUGAUUUGAUCAUGGAGGGCUGCUUCAAGUAUUUAGUGAAUAUAGAUUGACAAGGAA